UGCGCUCCUCUCUUUCCAUAUGUAAUCCAAUCAUUAACAAUGGAUUCCGAAAUCGCGUUCGACAGGUCUCCGUGUUACCAAGUCUACAAGAGUGGCCGCAUCGAGCGUCUCUCAGGUGAAACAACCGUCCCACCAUCACUUACCCCUCAAAAUGGCGUCGUCUCGAAAGACGUCGUCGUCUACUCGCCGGAGAAAAACCUUUCCGCCCGCCUCUACGUCCCGGAGAAAGUCACGGAUGAAAAGCUCCCGAUGCUCAUCUACUUCCACGGUGGUGGUUUCAUCAUAGAAACAGCUUUCUCUCCGACUUACCACAAUUUCCUCACAUCCGCAGUCGCCGCCGCUAACUGUUUAGCCAUCUCAGUCGAUUACCGCCGUGCACCGGAGUUUCCGAUCCCGAUCCCGAUCCCGUACGAAGAUUCAUGGGAUUCUCUCAAAUGGGUCUUCACUCAUAUCACCGGAUCCGGGUCGGAAACUUGGAUAAACAAACACGGCGAUUUCGGAAAGGUGUUUCUAGCCGGAGAUAGCGCCGGUGGGAACAUAGCUCAUCAUCUCACGACUCGAGCUAAAACAGAGAGACUUUGUUGUGAUUCUUUAAUCUCUGGGAUGAUCUUGAUUCAUCCAUAUUUUUGGGGGAAGACUCCAAUAGAUGAGUUUGAGGUUAGAGAUGUAAUCAAGAGCCAAAAGAUUGAAGGAAGCUGGGGAAUCGCGAGUCCGAAUAGUAAAGACGGAGUUGAUGAUCCGUUGAUCAAUGUGGUCGGAUCGGAAGACUCUGACUUAUCAGGGUUAGGUUGUGGAAAGGUUCUGGUGAUGGUAGCUGGAGAUGAUCUGUUAGUGAGACAAGGUUUGUGUUACGCGGCCAAGCUGAAGAAGAGUGGAUGGGAUGGCGAAGUUGAGGUCAUGGAGACUAAAGAUGAGAGCCAUGUUUUUCAUUUGAAGGAUUCUAAGAGUGUUAAUGCUCGUCAAGUUGUGAUGAAACUUGCUGAGUUUAUUAAUUAAUGUGCUUGGUUGCAUGCAUUUCCAAAAGGAGUAUAAUUAUGUUGUCAAGUCACAAUUUUACUUUUCUUUUUUCUUUUCAAAAUCACAAUUUUACAUUUGCAUGUAACAAAAAAUGUAGAAGGUUGAAUAUUUUACAGUUUAUAUAAGCCACCAAUUGAU